UCAAUAGCCAUGGUUACUAUAGUCUUAUAGGUCAAUUUUUUAAGUGUCUCGCUUCCUUAUCUGGCAGUAUAGUUAGGAUAAGAUUUGGACUAAGUUCCUUCAUUUACAAUUCUAGACUCGUGCAGCCGGCAACCACACGCACACGUCAUUUGGUUCACACGUGCUUUAGAAUUUUCCGCCAAAAAAAGGCAGACAUUAAAAUUUAAGUGGAUAAUAAAGUUUAAUCACACCACUUCUUCCCCUUUAUUCACAUUCUUUUUCCUCAUAUAUCAGCUUGAGGCUUGAGCCACAAUUUCCAAGAGCUUUUGGUGACCCUCAAAGGACAACAUAUUUGUUGUAGCAUCCCUCUUGUCUUUGGUUCUACCACUUCCACACAGUUUACAGAGACAAAUAUACAGUCAGAGGAGCCUUGCGUAGCAUAAAUGGCGAGGCAAUGGAAAGAGAUAGGGCUGACAAGACACCAAGGUGGUAGUGGCAACUGGGUAGAAGAGUUUGCAAGUGUAGUUUUUAUGUUAUGGGCAGCAUUAGUGAUCCUAUUUCUUUUUGCUGCUAUUAUCUUCUUCUGUGCAGAUGGAGUUUCCAAAGAAUCAACCAAAGCCUCCAACACCACAACCAACUAUGCCAAUGGUUCUGCAUGCGCUGCUGCAGCGUGUGGAGCAGGCUGUGGCGGAGGCUGUGGGGGUUGACCGUUGUAUAUUAAUCACACUGUCAGCAUCAUCAUCAGCCACUGCUAUGAAGCUGGAUAGGGAAUUUUUCUUUUUAGUUCUAGUCAAAAUGGUACAGGGUUUUACUACUGUACAAGGCAAAGUUGUUAACUUCAAUUGAAAAACUGUUUCAUUGUGUAACAAUGGGUGCCUUUUAAGAUCCACCCGAUAACCAAGUGUACAGAAGUGUUGCAAUAGUAAUGCACAUUUAAUUCAAUUGCCA